AAUGCACUGCAGCUAGCUAGCCCAGCAAGGCUAAGGCUUGGUUAGACAGCUGGCAGCCGUCUGUUUCGAGGAGUUAAAAAAAACCCAUUAUUUUUUAUUUGGUGAGUGGAGCUAACGGAGUUCAGCGGAACAGCAUUAACAGAAACAGAAGUUUUUGGUAUAAGGCUUGGUUGGACUGUUUGAGACAUCACAUACUUUCCUUCAAGUUCAAAAGGCUUCAAUAACAAGUACCGUAUUAAACGUUAAACCUGGCUUGACCUCCCAACGGCUUCCAGCAUGAUGUUGCGAUACUUCAAGCGAUGGAUGAACAGUAUUCCCAUGAUUGCGCGUUCUGAUCAGCCUCCGGUGAGAUGUCUUUCGGGAACUCCAAAUUACUCCUGCGGCAAUCCUUCAGAUAAGUAUGAUAACCUGAAAGCUGUGAAGACACUAAUGCUACCUCCCGAUACUUACAAGGGCAAAACUGUGUAUAUGACAGGCGGAGGAACAGGAUUUGGAAAGUCGAUGACGAAAACAUUUUCUGAACUUGGAGCUGAGGUUGCUAUUGUCAGCAGAUCUGAGGAUGUUUUGAAGAGUACAUCAGAAGAGAUCUCUGCAGAGACUGGAAACCCUGUCCAUCCAAUCCCUGCUAAUAUUAGAGAUCCUGAGGCAGUUAAAGCCUCAGUAGAUCAGUUUGUAGAGAUCUGUGGAGGUCUACCGGAUGUCAUCAUCAAUAAUGCUGCUGCCAACUUCGUGGCUCCUACAGAACGACUUUCUCCCAACGCCUGGUUUACAAUCGUUGAUGUGGUGUUGAAUGGUACGAUGUAUGUGACUCUAGAUAUUGCAAAGAGACUCAUCAAAGAACAGAAAGGGGCCAAUUUCCUGACUGUCAGUACCACCUAUGGAACCUAUGGCUCACCUUUUGUAGUUCCCAGCGCAACGGCUAAGAGUGGUAUAGAAAACCUUACAAGGUGUUUGGCUGUAGAGUGGGGCCGUUACGGGCUGCGAUUCAACACAAUGACUCCGGGUCCAGCAUACACAAAGGGAGCCGUGAGCCGGCUGGAUCCGACAGGGGAGUUCUGGAAGACAAAGAUCAAAGGAACUCCCAUUGGUCGACUGGGGGAGUUGGAGGAGAUUAGUAACCUUGCAUCUUACAUCUGCAGUGACUAUGCUAGUUGGUUCAAUGGAGAGAAUUUCAUUAUGGAUGGCGGUCUGUCGCACCAGGCUUCUGGAGCGUUCAGUGGAUAUCUGGAGCUAAGUAAAGAUGACUGGGAUCAAGCAGAGGCAAUGAUAAGAAAGACCAAGGGUUCAUAAUGAUAGCAUGGUAUGACCAUCAUAUGAUUUUCACAAGAUCAGAUAUCAUUUAUGAUCAUUAAGUAUCAAUCAUCAUAUAAUCAUUGUAAUAUUGCAUGAAUAUAGAAUGCUAGUAUGUGUUGUCUGUCAACAGGUUGUUAUCAAAUAGUUUGUAUACUGUGUAUGAUAUAUAUCAUUUGAAGGAAAUCAUUGAUUGAAACAAAAGAGGGAAAUGUCAAUAUUCAACAUUCCAUUAUGAUGGUUCUAUUUGACUACUUUGAGAAGGAUGAAAAGAGGUAAAAAAGUGUUUUUGUAGACCUUUAAUUCCCCUUGAUAUGAAAAAUAUUGAAAUAAUGAUGGAAUGAAUUAGUUGAAUAUAAGCAAAAACAACAGAUGAUAUGGUUAUAAAUUGAUUUUUAUCUCUGACUGAAAUAAACUUGUUUAUUGAUGAAUAUGUCUAAACUUUAAAACACAUUACAGUUGAUCAAAAAAUGGUAGUUCUAUUUGUUACCAAAAUACUCAAUAUUCAUAUGUAUGUAGUUAAAUAGUGCUAACUGCAUGAUGUAUCUGUAAGCUUGCUGCAUAUAGACCUGAAAUAGUAGAAGUAGGCGUGGUUGUCAUAUCAGGGAAAAAAUUAAACGAGUGCUCAGGGCUCAUUCAUUGUAGGCAUUGGGCUGUUAAAAAGUAGUCCCUGAAAGCAUGCUGAAAGUAAAAAAGUGAUAAAUUUUGCUGGAUAAAUAUUUAUCUGAAAAUACUGGAAAAAAUGCCUUCUAUGUGAUGCAAUAUAUGACAAAACAUAAUUAUGAACAUAUUUUAAUCUGUCCUUUGCAGCUGGUUAUACUCAAGUUGAUAUGAAAUCAUGAUUAUCUAUGUAUCAAAGAUUUUAUUGAUAAACACUUUAUGAUUCAUUAAAUUGCUUACCAGUUUAUUUUUGUGAAGUCUUUGAAACAGACUGUGCUUGACCGCAAUUAAUGCAUGCUGGAUAUUCAGUUUGGAAACUCACUCAUUUUCAUUAGGUACAAUCUUUAAAUUAUGCUUAUUAGUAGACAUGCCCUUAAAACCUUAUUUGUGUGAGUGAAAAGUUCUUUUACAUGAGAUUAUUAAGUUUAUUCAGUAGUUUAAUAGUUGUUUAAUUUAUAGUUAUUACGAAGAUUUUAUAAACCUUUGAUUUAUACAAUGUUAUGAUUAAAAAAAUAUACUUAAUUUGAAUGAUUGCAGAUCCAUGAUAUUAUUGGUAACAAAUUAUUUUUCAAUCAGAUUUCUCAGACCUUCACUAAUUUUAUCCUUUCAUCUGUUGUAACUUAACCAAUUAAUCAUGAGUAUAUGGACAAUCCACGUACCAGAGGGAGUACAUGACAAGAUAGGUCGAUGCUGUACCGUAUGUAUGCACUCACACUAGUGCAAGAUUAGUAUGCUAAGUACCCUAUGAUGAGCUUAUUCAUAUAUUUUGAUUAGAAUAUCAUUGCUAGACUUUAUACAUGUAGCCAGAUUGACUUAAUUAUACUAACAUACUGACUGAUCAUUCAAUGCAAUUCAUUCUAUAUUAAUAGAUGUCUUCCAAUAAUCAGUCAGCUGUAAGUUUUUGAGUAGUUAUGCCAUCAGAAUGAAAUUACUCGGAAAAAGCUAUCCAAUCUUCCUUGUCAUAUAUAAAUUUGAUUUAAACUGCUGAGUUCAAAUAAAACUGUCAAGCACAGCUUUUUCUAAUGCUGCAUCACGGCACUGUCACUACGAAGGGACACCUGACCAGGCUCAUAUGGACUUUCAUAACAAGCAAUAAUUCUUGCAUCUCAGAAUACCCUAAACAAGUAUAUUGUCUUGUCCCCCAACACUGAAUAAUGCCCAGAAUAUUAUAUAUUCAUGAUAGGGUGGAUGAUAUACCAUUACACUACCUGGCUGUUGAAAAGUAUUUUACCCUUUUUUGUAUCGCCUGAAUGUAGUUCGGCAGAGACCUAGUAAUCACUUUUCCUGUUGGUACGUGUAUGUUAGUCCAGUAGUCUGUUAAAAAUAUUAAAGUAUUUGUUCAACUUGCUCUCUUUGUUUAUUUAUUUUUGCAUUGAUUAUGUUCAUAUUUUGUGCAUAUGAUCCUUGGGUGAUACUACAUGUGACCUUUUGAGAAUGAUAUGGUCAAAGGUCAUUUAGGGGUCAAAAGGGUAAAUAGUAUUAGGUCAUGUUCAUCCUUAAAAAUUUUUAUUCAACUUGCUCUCAUCUCUAUUUCUUCAACAAUUUUGAUCACACUUUGUUACAAUGAUCCUUAGGUCAUACCACAAGUGUAUUGUUCAGGAAGGAAGGGUCAAAGGUCAUCUAGGGGUCAAAUUUAAAGGUCAUGUUUUUGUUCAGCUUGUUCUCGUUUCUUUUGUUUGCACUUGCUACAAAUGAUCCUUGGGUAAUACCACAUGUGUGUUGUUCAGGGUGAUGGGGUCAAAGGUUAUCUAGGGGUCAGAAAGUCAAGUUUUUGUUAAAAUUGCUCUCAUUUCUUGAUUUCUGCAUCAGUAAUACGCUUGGCACAAAUGAUCCUGGGGUAAUGUGUAUUUAUGUGGAUGAUGGGGUCAUAGGUGAUCUAGGGGGUCAAAAGAUCAAAUGAUAUGAGAAGGUUUUGUUAAACUUGCUCUCAUUUCUUUAUAUCUGCAUUAAUUGUGUUUAUACUUGGAUCAAGUGAUCUUCGGGUUUUACCACAUGUGUUCAUCAGGA